AUGAUGUGCGAGGUGAUGCCCACCAUAAGCGAGGGGGACCCUCUGGGUCCCCCCCAGGGCUCCGAGGCGGACGCCGACUUUGAGCAGCUGAUGGUGAACAUGCUGGAUGAGAGGGACAAGCUGCUGGACACCCUGCGGGAGACCCGCGAGACACUCUCUGUCACCCAGAGCCGCUUGCAGGAGACCCUGCGGGAGCGUGACCAGCUCCAGAGGCAGCUCAACUCAGCCCUCCCACAGGAGUUUGCAACGCUGACGCGGGAGCUCAGUGCAUGUCGGGAACAGCUCCUGGAGAGGGAAGAGGAGAUCUCGGAGCUGAAAGCUGAGCGCAAUAACACCCGGCUCUUGCUGGAGCACCUGGAGUGCCUGGUGUCGAGGCAUGAGCGGUCCCUGAGGAUGACCGUGGUCAAGCGUCAGGCCCAGUCGCCAUCCGGGGUUUCCAGUGAGGUUGAGGUGCUCAAGGCACUCAAGUCACUCUUUGAGCAUCACAAGGCACUAGAUGAAAAGGUCAGGGAACGCUUGCGAGCAGCUUUGGAGCGAGUGGCAACCUUGGAGGAGCAGCUCGUGGAUGCUCAUCGGCAGGUGGCGGCUCUGCAGCAAGGCGCUGCGCAGGAGGCCCCGGCGGGUGAGCGGGAUGAGAGGGAGCCCAAGGAGCCGGCACAGAAGCUUCCCUGGAAGCGGCUCUCCAAUGGCUCUGUCCACCCGGACGAUGAGGCAGGGCGGGUGGUGGAGCUGCAGGAGCUCCUGGAGAAGCAGAAUUUCGAAGUGGUCCAGGCCAAGGAGCGCAUCUCUGCGUUGGCUGCCAGCGUCGCCGAGCUGGAGGAGGAUCUGGGCACCGCCAGGAAGGAUCUGAUCAAAUCGGAGGAGAUGAGCAGCAAGUACCAGAGGGACCUCCGAGAGGCCCUGGCUCAGAAAGAGGACAUGGAGGAAAGGAUCACCACACUGGAGAAACGCUACCUGGCAGCCCAGCGAGAAGCCACCUCCAUCCAUGACCUCAAUGACAAGCUGGAAAGCGAGCUGGCCAACAAGGAGUCCCUGCACCGACAGUGUGAGGAGAAAGCCCGGCAUCUGCAGGAGCUGCUGGAGCUGGCGGAGCAGAAGCUGCAGCAGACGAUGCGGAAGGCAGAGACGCUGCCUGAGGUGGAAGCAGAGCUGGCCCAGCGCAUCGCCGCGCUCACCAAGGCAAAAGAGAGGCACGGGAGCAUUGAGGAGCACCUCCGGCAGCUGGAGAGCCAGCUAGAGGAGAAGAACCAGGAGCUUGCCAGGGCCCGCCAGCGGGAGAAGAUGAACGAGGAGCACAACAAGCGUCUCUCGGACACCGUGGACCGUCUGCUGAGCGAGUCCAAUGAGCGGCUGCAGCUGCACCUCAAGGAGAGGAUGGCAGCCUUGGAGGAGAAGCGACGAUUGUCCGAUGAGAUCGACAAACUGCGGCUGGAGGUUGAUCAGCUCAAGACCAGAAGUGGGACGUUCGUGGAGAGUGUGCAUGCGAGGUCACACAUGGGCAGCACCACAGACCUGCGCUUCCCUCUAAGCACCGUGGUCCAUGCCCCCACUGAGCCCUUUGGGACAGCCCCGGGCCUGCCUCGGGCACAGAAGGGCCGAUUCGCCACCCGGCGAGAGGAGCCAGCCAAGGACUGGGAGCAGGCCCAGGCAGGCAGCAUCCUGGCCGCGGGGCCUCACGCCUUCGACAGUGACCCUGAGAUCUCUGAUGUGGAUGAGGACUUCAGCUCCAUGGAUGUGCUCUCUCCUGGUGGGCACUCGGAUGCCCAGACCUUGGCCAUGAUGCUCCAGGAGCAGCUGGAUGCCAUCAAUGAGGAGAUCAGGAUGAUCCAAGAGGAGAAAGAGUCCACUGAGCUCCGCGCGGAGGAGUUGGAGACCCGCGUCACAAGUGGCAGCAUGGAAGGCCUCAACCUCACCCAGCUCUGCAAAAGGGCUUCCAUCCCCACCUCACUGACGGCCCUGUCCCUGGCCAGCUUCCCCCCCCUCAGCGGCCGCUCCACCCCCCAGCUCACCUCCCGCCGUGCCGCUNNNNGUCUCUCUCGCUUUCCCCCUUGCAAUCAGCCCAGCGACUUGAGGAAGCACCGGAGGAAACUGCUAUCGCCUGCAGCUCGGGAUGAAAGCCGAGAGGAUAAAACCACCAUCAAAUGCGAGACUUCCCCCCCAUCCUCACCCAGGACGUUGCGGCUGGAGAAGCUGGGCCACCCCGCACUGAGUCAGGAGGAUGGGAAGAGCUCGCUGGAGGAGCAGGCCAGCAACCCCAGCAGCAACAGCAGCCAGGACUCCUUGCACAAGGGCUCCAAGAGGAAGGGGAUCAAAUCUUCCAUCGGGCGCUUGUUUGGGAAAAAAGAGAAGGGUCGCUUGAUUCAGCUGAGCAGAGAAGGGGCCACGGGGCAGGUGAUCCUGACUGACAUGGAGGUGGGCAUGCAGGACCCUCUGGGACUUGGCAAGCUGGGUGCUCAGGCUGAGAAGGAUCGGCGCCUGCGGAAGAAGCAUGAACUCCUGGAAGAGGCUCGGAGGAAAGGGUUGCCCUUUGCUCACUGGGAUGGCCCCACCGUGGUCUCCUGGCUGGAGCUCUGGGUGGGGAUGCCGGCCUGGUACGUUGCCGCUUGCCGAGCCAAUGUGAAGAGCGGAGCCAUCAUGUCGGCCCUGUCUGACACUGAGAUCCAGAGGGAGAUCGGCAUCAGCAAUGCACUGCAUCGCCUGAAGCUGCGCCUGGCCAUCCAGGAGAUGGUAUCGCUUACGAGCCCCUCAGCACCACCCACCUCACGGACGUCCUCUGGAAAUGUCUGGGUCACCCACGAGGAGAUGGAGAACAUGGCGACUUCCACCAAGACGGAUACAGAGGAAGGCAGCUGGGCACAGACACUGGCCUAUGGGGACAUGAACCAUGAGUGGAUUGGGAACGAGUGGCUGCCCAGCUUGGGUCUCCCGCAGUAUCGCAGCUACUUCAUGGAGUGUCUUGUUGAUGCACGGAUGCUGGACCACCUCACCAAGAAAGAUCUCAGAGUGCACUUGAAGAUGGUGGACAGCUUCCACCGUACCAGCCUGCAGUACGGCAUCAUGUGCCUGAAGAGGCUCAACUACGACCGCAAAGAGCUUGAGAGGAGGCGAGAAGAGACCCAACACGAAAUCAAAGAUGUGUUGGUGUGGACUAAUGACCAGGUCAUCCACUGGAUCCAGUCCAUUGGGCUUCGCGAGUAUGCCAACAACCUUGUCGAGAGUGGGGUGCACGGGGCGCUCCUGGCCCUCGAUGAAAACUUUGACCACAACAGUCUGGCACUUGUCUUGCAAAUUCCUACGCAGAACACGCAGGCUCGACAAGUGCUAGAGAGGGAAUUCAACAACCUGCUCGCUUUGGGCACAGAUCGGAGGUUGGACGAUGGUGAUGACAAGACCUUCCGUCGAACCCCAUCCUGGCGAAAGCGCUUCCGCCCACGAGAUGUUCACAGCAUCAACAUGCUCAGCGGCUCGGGCGCGGGCGGCUUCCGUGUCACCAGCCUGGUGCCCCUGCCCCCUCCAUCCGCCCCUGCCAAGAAAAUGCCCCCGGAAGUUGGUGCCUCUGGGUCGCCAAGGCUGGAGACCUCCACGGUCCGGACGUACUCCUGCUGA